AUAUCUAAAAUACAGCCCACAAGCUGCAGAUUAAUGAGAUAGAAAUCACAAAGACAUAAAAAUGGCAGUCUCUUCAUUAGCCUUUUCAUCACCAAAGCUUCAACCCUUCACUCCAAAGCCCACAGCUACAGCAGCCACUUUCAAGGCUUCUUCUUCGCCACAACAAAUACAAUCAACUCCUACUAUAAAUAAGAAGAAAAUUUUGCAAGUGGGUGUUGGAAUAUUAGCUGCUUCAGUAGUGGCUUUGACACCGCUAACUGCUGAUGCUACCAGAAUUGAAUACUAUGCUACUACUGCUGAGCCCACUUGUGACUUCAAUUUUGCUCGCUCUGGACUUGGUUAUUGUGACAUUGCUGUUGGCUCUGGUCAAGAGGCUCCUUAUAACCAGCUCAUUAAUAUUCACUAUACUGCAAGGUUUGGGGAUGGCAUAGUUUUCGACAGCAGCUAUAAACGUGGUCGACCCCUGACCAUGCGCCUCGGCAUGGGCAAGGUUAUCAAGGGAUUAGAUCAAGGAAUCUUGGGAGGUGAAGGGGUACCGCCAAUGCAUAUUGGUGGAAAACGUAAGCUUCAGAUUCCUCCACAUUUGGCAUAUGGACCAGAACCAGCAGGCUGCUUUUCAGGGGACUGCAAUAUUCCUGGAAAUGCAACACUUGUAUAUGACAUAAAGUUUGUCGAAAUCUACUCGGGAAACAGGAAAUGAAGCAAGCCAACAUGAUAUGAUGAGAAAUCUGAAGCUCAAGCACAACUACUUAAAGUUUGUGCUUAUGCAUGAGAGAGCUGUUUAUGGAGAGCUAUAUGCAAGAUACAAACAGAGGACCAAGUCUCUUUGCUAAAGGUGGAUUCUUUUUGCUUUUACCUACUUUAGAAGUAGUAAUUACUACUUCUCUUCUGCUUAUGCCAAACCUUGCAUAUGAUAUUGUUGAAAGCAGUAUGGCAUUCAGAACCUCUAUAUUAUGGAUUCGCCGUAGAGGUUUGAGAUUACUCAAUGGACAUGAGGAUAAUCUCAAACCUCAAAAUAAUACGUCUACAUUUAGUUGCUCAUAUGUCACUUGAUGAAUACUCUUCUCUUGGUUAAAGAAAAAAAAACAAAGCAGAGUAGUUAUAAAGUUUUUUCCAUGAUAA